UGUUACAUUUCUGACGUGUAGAAAGUGAUUUGUGAUUCCUGUACUCUAUAUUUGUCAGAGCACGCUGAAGCAGAUACGUUCUUCUGUUUCACCAACCUGAUGUCAGAGAACAGAGACAACUUCAUCAAGAGCCUGGACGACUCUCAGUGCGGCAUCACGUACAAGAUGGAGAGCGUGUACUCCAUGCUGCGAGAGAGAGACCUGGAGCUCUACCUCAAGCUGGAGGAGCAGAACAUCAAACCUCAGUACUUCACUUUCCGCUGGUUGACCUUGCUGCUGUCUCAGGAGUUCCUCCUGCCCGACGUCAUCCGGAUCUGGGACACGUUGUUCUCCGACCAGGACAGAUUCCACCUCCUCAUCCUGGUCUGCUGCGCCAUGUUAAUACUCAUCAGAGAUAACUUACUGGCCGGAGACUUCACGGUGAACAUGAGACUCCUGCAGGAUUACCCCAUCUCAGACGUCAACACCAUCCUGAUUAAGGCCAAAGAUCUGCGGGAUACUUCCUAACCAGUUUUCUAACGUGGAAGGUGAGAGUUCGAACAUUACGAAUCAUUGUCGUGUCAAACGUGUUGUUGGAGGACUUAUGAUGGGUUCGUACAGACGGGAAACCCAGCAUUCGUUUUUUUUUUACCUUGAUGUCUUAUGAUUGGUCAGUGGGGACUGCUGUGGAAACAUUUAAGGGACAAGCCGAAUUUUUUCCUGAAGUGAGGGGGAGAUGCCACCUGCUUCCUGAUGCAUUAUGGGAAGAAAAAAAGCAGGUGUUGCUCCUCCAAUCACAGCCAUGGACCCUCUUCAGAUCACGAUGCUUUUACUGAACUGAAUCUGAGGGACAGGAGCUCCGUUACACUACAGAUCCAGUUUGAAAACCGAAUGUUGAACACCUCAUCCAAGAGUUCCCCACGCAGAAGUUUCACCGAGCAAAAGUGCAUGUUUGUUCUUUGAGGGAUGUGUUUUUUUAUUUCGUUUUUAUUGUAAGCAACAGCCUUCUCUGUGUAAUUAUGUGAAAACAGGAGACGGUGUUUCUGUGUUCAUUUCUUUCAGGGUAAAAUAAAUCUCAAGUGAUGGGCCUUGCCUGGUAAAUACUUCAUGAGUAAUCUCCUUAAAAGCCAUUAUUCCUUCAGUGUUAUGUCUAAAAACAAUGCCUUUUGUUCCAUUGGGAAUGUAAUGAGAUGCAUUUCCUUGUAAAAUCACAUUAUUUAGAGAGAAGGGCAAGAAUCUGUGGCGCUGCUUCACAUUGAACAUGAUUUACAAACCUGGGUUUACGAGGAUUAGUAUUCUAAUAAAGCAUUACAACCAUGUAUUCUAUAUAUGGAACACAGUGCAAUACUGAUACCACAGUUAUACUUUUUACGUUACUCCUAUAAUAAUUACCCAAGGAGUUGAUGUGUUAAGAGACCUCAAAGAAGAUGUGUGCCUAAAAGAAGUGUUGAAUCAACAAAAAACUCCGAUUUAAAUCUGAAAAGAGAAGAUUAAUAUUCUGACCUUAAUGCCAGCUGCCCAUGAGUAACGGCUUUAAUCCCCUGUGGUGAGGAGUUAUCCGGUCAGCAACAGAAA